GUCGGUAUUAUCAACCGCGAAAACGGCCAACAGCGCCGUGGCGAUUCCUCGAAACAAACAGUGACGCCUUGCCAUUGGUCCUCUCGUCCGCAUUUGAGUUGUCAAACGGCAGACGUCCGUUAAGAAAGCGGUUGCGGCGUGCCAAACAUUGUAAUAGUGACGGUAUCGAAGAGCUUGUGCGUGCAAUUUCGUCGAAUUUUAGUUGUUUACUUCUUCUAAUAUCGCACCUAAUCGACAAUUAUUGAACGUGACGUGAAACGACUACAAAAUUUGGCGGGAAUACGUGCUUGGAGGAAAUCGUCUCUUUGUUCGUUACGUCGUAUAACAGAGGAUGUGAAUGCUGACGCCGAUCAUUUUCAAGGGUUUCCGAUUUGUGUACGAAACGCGUUACAAUUCAACACAAUACUCGUGGAUCUGAAUUUUUCGGUAGUGGCGAAUGCAUUUUAUGAAACUGACAACGAAUCUGUAGCAAGGAUUGUGUGAUAUCGUCGGAAUGUCAAGUCCAAGGAGCAUCGGCGGUUCGGUUCGUGAAGGCACCCGAGUGGUGCUUCGCGAAAUCACCGCAUCCCUUCACAAUUCACCUCCGAUGCAAACGUCACGAAUUAAGAGCGGCAACGACAGUUUGCUACAAAAAACAACAGCAGCAGAGCAUGAGGUGAAGGUCCGUUUCGCCCGGGAAUUCGCCGACGUCGGAUCAAUCACCUACUCGGCCCCAGAAUCGUCUCUGUCAUCGGCUAGUAGUUUCCAGAGUCUAAGCAGCACUCUCAGCACAAAAAGCAGCAACGGCAUAUGCCCGGACUCGUUGCCCGUGAGCCCCAAUGAGAUCUGGAACAAGUCCUACACGAACACCACUAUACCGGGUGUCGAAGACCUGAUUCUCGGUUGCGCGGAAAUACAGAUCAGGAGCGAAGAGGACCAAUCAUUCGAGACGCUACAGAACACUCAGGAUCUUAGUCAGGAUCAAACGUUCGCGUCUGCCACCGACGAACCGAUUGCCGAGCUGACCAGAGAUCUAAUCGACGACGUCUCGCCGUUGGACUGUCCCGAAAUCGUUGAGGCGAUCGAUGUCAGCACAUCUAGGUCGUGUUCGCCGAUCAGUGGUACACAGGAUUACCAAGAUCGACCGAUUUUUAUAACUCCCGUGAUACAGACAGAGGAACCAAUCGAGAGAUCGGUUUCCCCUAGUACAGCCAGUGACCUAAUCGAUAGCGUUCAAACCUGUACCUCCGACUACGUCGACGAACUUCCACUGCCACAUUGCAGCACAGAGGAGGCUAACUUAAACUCCACGGUCUGUUUGUCAUCCGUCAAAGAGAGCCCAGAUGCUCCUAGCGUCGAUGAACAGAUCGUGAUAGAGAAUACUCAUCAGGUCCAGGUUGACCCCGUUACUGUAAAUAUCGUAUCGUUCUCCGCGGUAGACUUUGUGAACUCGGUGUCCGUGUCGACAGAACAUGCAGAGGACAUAUCGUUGCCUAGUAUAUCGACAUUGCCAUCGUUGCAUUUAACCGACUCGACGCGAUUAUCCGAAAGCGACGCCCACGAAGCUGGCAAUGAACAUAGUCCAUUGGUGAGGUCUUCGUCUCCUGUGAACGAUUCUGAAAGCGCGACCGAGUUACCGGAGAACCUACCGAAGAGUCUCAAACAAGAAACCGAGGACGUAGGUAGUAAUCGUGUAGAAACGAUUUUAUCUGAUCUUUGCGAUGACAAUGUCGUCGCUAUCAGCAGAGAAAGUUGCACAAUUUUAUUAAACGAUACUGCUCCUCCUGCGCCGAGCACACAGGAAUCCGAGAACGAGGUUUCGAAGUUAUGGAGGAGUCCCUUGGAGACUGAAAACGACAAAACCAGCAGUAACGUUGAAGUUAAUUCAAAAGUAGAUAUCCCAGAGGUGAACGUUUCUCCUUCAGUCGAGAAGGAAGUAGAGAAUACUGAGUCGAAUGAGCAUUUGGAUGAUAAAAGCGCAGACGUAUUAGAGAAAACAGAUGCGAUAGAAUCGGUGGACGAAAAAGAAGACGAAAUCGAGAAGGAAACCCCCGAGGACAAGUUAGACAGGACACUGACUUUCGAGAGUGUCUCUUUGGAUUCGGAGACUGCAUUGGAUGCAGAGCAAUAUACGGAAUUUAAGCCACAGAGGCAAAGCACCACGCUAGUUUUACCCACUGAUAUCGAACAGCCGAACUUCGAUGAACUGCAGUCGGCUGCCGAAGAGAUCGCCAACGAUAUUUGGAAUUCAUCGUUGGAGUUCCCAGAAGAGAGUGACCGUUUUAUUAGCGCAACAUCCGAAAUAUUCCAAGAUCCAACCUGCUUCGAUUUUCUAAGCUGUCAGGGUAAUUCUAAAACCAUAAACCGUCUUAGAGCGGAUUCUUUAUAUGUAAAGUUCGACCCAUUGGUUGGGGAUACCAGUAUGUUGCCCCAAGGAAACACAGACACUAUUAAUGAGGAGCAAAAUGGAAAAACUGAGAGCCCACCACCAAACAUCGUUACUCCGAAACGUAAUCCUGCCAUAGCGGCUAUAGACAGGCUACUUUUUUACAGCCCAAUUUCUACGAGCAUGACACAAAAAAUGGACGAACCUAGGGAAAAAAUUGAACAGUCUGCAGAGGAACCAAAAUCAGACACUCCGCUAAUUAACGAUGUUAAUUUGAGCAAAGAGUUAGAAUUAGUUAGGGCAACUGUACUCCAAUUAGAGGACGAACUGGAGAAACAAAAAAAAGAGCACAAGGCUGAAUUGGAAAGACAAAAGAAUUCUUUCCAAGAAAAGAUUAAUCAGUUACAGGCACAAAUAGCGCAGGAGGUAAAGAGUAAAUCUCAAAUGACGGUCGUAGUUGAAGAAUAUGAAAAAUCGAUUAGCCGACUGCUCACGGAGAAAGAAAGGGACCGCACGAGUUUCGAACAAGAGAAGACAAAGAUACAGGAUGAACUACAAGCCACAAAUGUUCACUUGUCGAACACAGAGGCUGCAUUCAACGAUGUUCACCAGAAGUAUGAAAAAGUGAAAGGAGUCGUAUCGGUAUACAAAAAUAAUGAGAUAGUGCUGAGGGAAAGUAUCCAGGAAAAUAUGGAGACUAUAAAGUGUUUACAAACGCGGUAUGAUAACUUGAAAAAUCAUGCUACAGCCCAACUCGAGAAGGCUAACUCUGAUUUGGAAGUCAUACGGAAACAACACGAAGACGAAGUAGUAAAGCUCCACGCCAUGGUACGAAAAGCAGAGCUUAAAAGUAAUUCGCUAGCCGAAUUGGUCGAGCAAAAGACUAAAGAAAACAAGGAACUAACGCAAAUAUUGGAUGAGGUGAUCGCCAGGGUGGGUCACCAAAACACGGAAUAAAAACCGAAAGAAUAAACGAGUAUCGCGGCUGCAAUCGCGAUUAGUCUUUAUUUUUUUACUCGCCCCCUUAACGUUUUAGAUACAACCGUAUACCAGAUAUGAUUCAUCUAUGUAUGUGUAUAUGUAUACAUGCGUUGUUUCUAAAAUUAAUUGCAAAUUACGUUUUUGUUUCAA